AUGGAUGCUGUGUCUAUCACGGGAGAGAGCUCCGAUGCUAUUGUAAUGGAUUCUCCACGAGCUCAGAGACCCACACAUAAUGUUUCUCAAUGUGAGAUCCCAGAGCUGUCUCUCUGCCCUCCUGACAGUGAGUGUGUGCAGCUCCAGCUAGCUGACAGCCUCCCCAGACCUUGCUCCUCCUCCUCUUCCUCCUCCUCCUCCUCCUCUCAGCUUUACCACCAGGUCCCCCAAGGCCCGCCCUAUCACCCCUCACCCCAACCCCCCAGCCGUCACCCACCAGAGCACGGACACUGCUGCACACACCACCAGCCAACCAGAGGCAAUGCCUGCCCCAACACUCACCCAGUCACGGACGGCUCUCACCCAGACUGCUCCACUGGCCUCAGCAUCGGUGGUAAGACGGGUCAUGGCAGAAGCCCCGCUCACGUUCCGUCUUGUCAUAACGCUGUGCGGUGUCAUUGGCUGCAGGGAUCACAUGAGGGAGGAGCCCAGAAGCGAAAACAAAGACAUGUGGUGACAGUCAGGGAUGAGGGACUCCACUGGAUUCCUAGAAACUUCUCCCAGUUGGUGGUGGAAUAUCCUGUGGUGAUGAUGCUGGGAUGUGCCCUUGUCCUUCUGGGAUGUUCUCUAGCAGGCCUUCUAAUUGGGCCACUACCUGACUUCUCGGACCCGCUUAUGGGGUUCGAGCCUCGGGGAACAUACAUAGGACUGAGACAGUCCUCGUUGGAGAAGCUGCUAGAGAACACCGGGCCUGGUAGAACUCUGUCUGUGGUUCCACAGCUGAGCACAUACAGGGAUACUGGGAGCAAUGUGGAUGGUGAUGAGGCCAGUGUGAGGCAGGAGGAGUCCAGACUGCGCUCCAAGAGGAUGCUGGAUAAAGACCCAGAUCAGGACACCUUUCUCUGUCAAGCACCUGGAGAACAGUAUGCUCAGCUGGUGUUUCGCUCAGGGAACUCUGCCAGUCUGUGGAGCCUGAAAUCCAUCACCACCAUGUGUGAGAUGGAGCAGACCAUGAUUCGUUCGCAGGCUCAUUUCCAGGGGCUGUGUCAGCAGCAGCCUUUGAAGCUGGGGGCCGAGGCAGGAGGGGAGGCCCGGGGAGGUGAAGGGGGAGGCUGCUGUCCCAGCUGGUCCUUGGGGAAUUACUUAGCAGUCCUAAGCAAUGCCUCCUCCUGCCUCAGCCUCAACUCCCACCAUGUGUCAGAGUCCCUCAGCUUGCUGCGCUACUGUGCUCCCUUCUACCACCACGGCAGUCUGUCAGGAAGCUGCCACCACAGACCCAAGCAGGGGAGCUGCGUCUCGGUGCCCACGCGAUGCAAGCACUCCCAUGCCGUGUACCAGAUCCUUCACUUCCUGGUCGAUAAGGACUUCCUGGGGCCGGAGACUGUCCAGUACCAGGUUCCCUCACUGAAAUACAGUCUGCUGUUCCUGCCGGUGGAAAAAGGAGAGCAACUUAUGGACAUCUAUAUACGAAGCCUGGAAGGCCAGGACCUGACUUACAAAAACACCACAAUCACAGGGAUGGACCUGGGAAUCAAGCAGACUCUGUUUAAGCACUACCUGGCUCGGGAUUCCAUCUACCCUGUCCUGGCGGUGGCCUCCCUCUUGUUUACCAUGGCUCUGUACCUGCGCUCACUUUUCAUAUCAGCGCUGGCUCUGGUAGCUGUCACAGGUUCACUCUUCACCUCCUACUUCUUGUACAAGGUUGCUUUUCGCAUGGCCUUCUUCCCCCUGCUCAACCUCUCUGCUGUUCUCAUCCUGCUGGGAAGCUGCUCCAAUCAGGCCUUCACCUUCGUCGACUUCUGGAGCCUUCAGCUCUCCCACAACCCCCCUGCCUCGCUGGAGAAGAGGGUGAACAGGGUUGUGCUAGAAGUUGGGUACUUGACCAUGGCGUCAGGCCUCACCUCCAGUGCUGCCUUCUUCUGUGGUUACCUGAGCAGCAUCACGGCCGUCAGGUGUUUCUCCAUCUACCUGGGGACAGCCUCUCUGAUCAGUACCCUGGUCAACCUUGUCUGGCUGCCCUGUGCACUCGUCAUAAGAGAGCGCUACUCAGGGACGAACUCUGCCUUGGCCGAUGCCCCAGGCUGGAAUCCCUGCUGCUCCAAAAAUCCUGGAGGAUUCUGGGACACAAGCUCGAGGAAGCGCUGCCUCUUCAGUCUGGCUCAGAAACUAAGGGGCUUAAAGAGAGGAUUGGCAGAGACCUCCAACCUUUUGUUUCUGAAAAUUCUCCCAUGUGGGGUGGUCAAGUUUCGAUACAUAUGGGUGUGUUGGUUCGCUGUGCUGGCGGCAGGGGGCACCUACAUCUCUUGUGUGGAUCCUGGCAUGAAACUUCCCACCCUGGACAGCAGAGCCACUCAGCUGUUCCGCUCCAGCCAUCCGUUUGAGAGGUACGACGCAGAGUAUCGUCACAUGUUCAUGUUUGAAAGACAGAGAAAUGGCGAAGACAAGCCCUUGACACUGACCCUGGUCUGGGGGGUCAUCCCUACUGAUAACGGGGAUCACUUCGACCCUAAAAGCAACGGGUCAUUAGUUCUGGACCCAGAAUUCAACAUGAGCAGCCCCGAGGCUCAGUUGUGGCUCAGGGAGCUCUGUGAGCGGGUCCAAAACCAGAGUUUCUAUUCCCCUACUUCAUCGUCUGAGGAGGGCCGGGUGGACAGCGUCUGCCUGGUGGAACAGCUUGUGCGCUGGGUGUCCAUCCGACGCUGCUCCGAGAGUGAGGACUCCCGGCAGUUUUGCUGCAAUGACAUUCCCUUUCCUUACCCUGCUGCUGUGUUUGAGCAAUGUGUGGGUAUGAUGGUGGCUGAGCGGCACAGCCACGCUGAGGGCCAUCUGUCCCCCGGAGAAGGAGGACUGUUCUUUCAGCCAGACGGCAGGAUAGCAGCCUUGGUUCUGGCUUUCCGAACCAUACACUUCUACAGCUUCAACUUCAGCCAGACUAGUUUGUACUACCGGGACAUGGUGGCAUGGUUUGCCGGGGAGAUGUCUGAAGCUCCCCCAGGACUGAGGCAGGGCUGGUUCAUCAGUCAGCUCACGCUGUUCGACCUCCAGCAGAGUCUGAGCUCCGAGACCCUGGUGGUUGCCGGCGUCUCCAUCGCCCUGACCUUCACCCUCCUGCUUCUGACCACCUGGAACAUUCCGCUGAGCAUCUACGGGAUGGCUGCCGUGGGAGGGAGUGUGUUUGUCACCGUGGGUCUGCUAGUCCUGCUGGAGUGGCAGCUGAGCGGUGUGGAAGCUCUGUUCAUCUCUGCUGCGGCAGGCCUUUCUGUGGACUUUGUGGCUAACUAUUGCAUCUCCUACAGCUCCGCUCCGCACUCGGACAGGAUUGGCCGAGUAGCUCACUCUGUGAAGAGGAUGGGCUGCCCUGUGGCCGUAGGUUCUGGAGCGUUCUUCUGCGUUGGGAUCGUCAUGCUUCCCGCCACCGCCCUGCUCUUCAGGAAGCUGGGGAUAUUUCUCUUCCUCGUCAAGUGUGUGGCUUGCGGUUUUGCCACCUUCUUCUUUCAGUCUCUCUGCUGCUUUUUUGGUCCUCAAAGGAACUGUGGGAAGAUCUCUCUUCCGUGUUCCUCGGAGAAGGUCUCUGAGGGCAUGCUGUCCUCCCGCUCCACAGCUGACCCAGCAGCCUCCACCUCCACCAUCAAUGGGGCGUACGGCAGGUCAAGGGUCAGACGGAACUACAACAAAGAUGGCGGAGGAUAUCUCUACCCUAACCACCAGCGCCAGAGACAAAGACAGGGACCUGGAGAGCAGGAGUCUGAGCAGUACGAGCUGCAGCCGUUGGCCUGCCAGCUGAGUGACAGCUUUGAGAAUAGCACCUGUACCAGCAAGCUCUCCAACCGUCCCUCCGUGUUGUCCGACGACAUCCAGUUCUGUGGCCCGGAUGUGGAAAGGAGAGAGGCAGACGCAGACAGUGAGGACAUGUGUAGCAGACACCCCCACAAAGGCUGCCACCCUCCCCCAGCCCUGCAGACCUCCUCUCCCUACAGGGAGAACACUCUGCGAUCUGCAACUCCCGCAGGAGAGCUGACCAAGGACCAGCUCCUGUGUAAGGCCUGCCGGGGGGGCCAGUCUGCUGGGGGGAACCGCUGGAGCGUGACCAUGUCCUCCUCCUCCAGUAUGGAGGAUACCAUCAUCAGCCAGACCCUGGAGACUAUGGAGCAGCCCUCUAUUGCCUCUAAGGAGAAGCACACUGGGGGCAAGCACCACCCCCACUCUAGACUGCUGUCUUCCCAGUCCCAGAGUUCCUUUGAGGGGCUGGAGAACUCCAACGAGACCUGCCUCAGUGACAUCGAGCCAGGGCCCUCCCAGCCCCAUGUCUGUGGCCAUGAGGAAGGUGAGGGGAACGGGGAGCCACAGCCAGGACACCUGAAUGGACGGAGGGAUGCACUUCACCUCUCCCUCAGGGAGACCGUCUACGAGACAGGGGCUCCAGGCUGUGGGCGGAGCCGUUCCAGCCAGGGAGAGGAGCCUGUCAUUCUGCCCAAUAGCAAACCGGACCAGCCUGAUGUGUGGAUCAAGAGAGAUGGAGCGAGGGAAGAGACAAGUUGA